AUGGGAAAUGGAGCAAGUGUACAACCUUCAAAGACUGAACAGGAUAUGCAAAGACGAAUGACUCUAAUCGAAAGCCAGAAUUCUCUUAGCAGUGUCCCUGUCGUUGAAGAAUGCCAGUCUUUAUCCCCAAAAGAUUUGGAAGCAAUGAAGAUUGACCCCAAGGAUUAUAACUUUUCUUUUGAAAACUUGGUUUUUGAGGGCGGUGGAAGUAAGGGUGCCGCAUACGUGGGGGCUUUAAGGUAUAUGGAAAAAAUUGGAAUGUUGAGGAAAAUCAAGAGGUUUGCUGGAAGUAGUUCAGGGGCAAUGUGCGCCUGCUAUCUCGCCGUGGGGUAUGGAAGCGAAGACAUCUCCAAAUUUCUGGAACCAAAAUACAUAUCAUCAGUAUUAAAUGACAAUCCAUGGGGCGUUCUAAGCCUUGUGCCUAAUAUGGUAAAUCAUUUUGGAUGGAAGCCGACAAGUAAGGUUUAUAGUGAAAUGGGAAAACACAUUGAAAAGAAGGUCGGUGAUGCAGACAUCACUUUCAAACAGUUAUACAAGAAGAAAGGUAUAGAGCUGUGUAUCUGCGUUACCAACGUCAACAGAAUGGAUGUCAUAUUCUGUCACGCAAAAACCACGCCCCAUCUGUCAAUCAGACGUGCUGUGUGUAUGUCCAUGUCCAUACCAGGAUAUUUCCAAGCGUCUAAAGAGACCUUGUUUGGAUCAAUGGAUGUUUAUGUUGACGGUGGUUUGCUGUGCAAUUACCCUAUACACUGUUUUGAUGGUUGGUAUUUAUCAUUGAAGCCUGAUGACAGUUUUCUGACAAAAUUUACUCCGUUAUCCAACUUAACAAAGCUGUACGACCAGGCUAUCCGAUUUGGAGGCUUUAAUGAAAAAACUCUUGGGUUUCAAGUGUACUCUGACUAUGAACAAGAUUUGAUGAAAACGGAGUUAGAUAAACGAGUCGGUGUUCUGACUCCUGCUAAGCCCAGUCAAGAUACCAAGCUGUACAGAAAACGUGUAGAUAUGAAGAAGAAGCAGAAAAAAAUAGAAAAAAUCCAUGCAUGUGUUAUGGACGCUGUGAACGCUUUUCUUGUGACUAUCGACAAGCACAAUAUUGCUGAUAAAGCCAGCCUGGACCUUGGUGAACUAAAACUAGUUUUUGAAGACAAAGAAAGUUUUACUGAUAAACAUUGUGAGAUACUGUUUGGGGAGGUGAUUUCAGCCGAGGAGGCGUUCGAUUCUCUGGAUAAAGACGAGGACGGACAGGUAGAUUUCGACGAACUUAUGGAAUUUAUCCAGAGAACUGGAAUUUGUAUGUUGGAUACCUUCCAAGGUUACAGUCGUCAAGAAAUCUCCGGUUUUUCUUCCUUCGUUGAACGAGUUCAAAAUACCAUUUUACUCAAUUUAAAACGCGUCCAUGCAAACCAUGGAGAUUAUCAACGAACUGUAGGAAUCAACACUGGACAUAUAGAAACUGUAGAUUUCGAUAAUAUGGUUUAUGCCGAUAAGAAAUUUAUUGAAGAGAGGGGUUAUAACGCCACAAAAGCUUUCCUGCAAUAUCACGUGAUCAUUAAAGAUAUGAUCCCAGAUGUAGAAAUACGCAGAGACUCAAAACCGGAAGUAGGGAACCACAUGACAGGAUGCUGA